UUCAUAACUCUAACACUAAAGAUGCAGAAACAGUGGAUAAAUUGCAUUACAAUCCUGACGACAGUGCUGUUGGCCCUGCUAUUGUUGCCCGCAGUCAAGGGAGGAGUCAAUGCAGCACCUCAGGGCCGAGAAUUGUAUGCCAAGGUGGAAGAGGGAGAAAUCACAGAGGAAAUUAAACCACCAACCAAACAAGCAAAUGAGGAAAAGAAGCAUUUGGUGAAGAAAAAGGAGAUAAUAAAAGUCACCAUUACCAAGACAAAGGAGGAGCAAGAAGAGGGCCAUAAUGGUGAUAUACAAGACAAAAUACUGGAAGUAGAAAUUACCGAACCUUCUGAAACCACCAGAAAAUGCUCGGAGAUUGAAAGCAACUGCGAUCCUUUGGUCUUGGCAUCACCUCAAGGAAAAAAUCAUAAAUUAAGGGCAAGACAAACAGCUGAUGACACCGAUACCUCACCUAUUGAGGAUUUGGUAGGCACUCUUCUAAGGCAACGCGAUGAUUUUAUAGCAGCAUCUGGCAUGGCUGAAUCACCACGCCCCGUGGAAGUUGUGAGAGCGAAUAUGAAUAGUGGCUUGUAAUGGUUUCAAGUGAUAUAAACAAAAUGGGAGGUGAAGAAACUCAAAAGAAAUGUUUACCAUAGAUAAGAAUAGAACAAACAGAACAAAAAUAUACAGCAAGAUGUUACUUACAAAGAAAAUUUUUUUAUUCAAAGUGAUAUAAUAAUCUCAAGUAAACAAAUUCCAGUUGCAAGGCAAAGUGGAUUAAG